AAACAACCAGUGUGUCCAACUUACUCCAGCUUUAAUGCAUGCAUUUCCAGUAUCUCCAUUAAUAUGGUUUCGGGUUGCCAGCAGCCCUUCCAAUUCGCCAACCUCAGCAGUGGGCAGACCUAUUCUUAGCAGCCAGGGACAUUAAAGACUUCUUCAAACGCACCUUUUAAGCGUCUUCAUUUUUGAAACUUAAAAUAGACCACUCUCCAACUGCAGUGUGAGGCCCCCCUUCUUCUUCCUCCUCCUCCUCCCCGGCACAGUGUCAGUUAUCUUAUGCUUCAGAUUUCCACAGCGUGACAGUAUAUAAAAGGUCAUCGGGAGCACCGGGAUGGUCACUGCAGUCGACUCCAGUCUUGUCUGUAUCAUCUGUACCCUACAAAGCAAAACACACAACUAAGAUCAAAAUGGCUUUCGCAGGUGUACUGAAUGAUGCUGACAUUACUAAAGCCCUGGAUGAGUGCAAAGGCGCGGACUCAUUUGACUACAAGAAGUUCUUCAAGACUUGCGGUCUGUCCGGAAAGAGCGAUGACGGUGUCAAGAAGGCCUUCGCCAUCAUUGACCAGGACAAGAGUGGCUUUAUUGAGGAGGAUGAGCUGAAGCUGUUCCUGCAGAACUUCCGUGGAGGUGCCCGUGCACUGACCGACGCUGAGACCAAGGCUUUCCUUAAGGCUGGUGACAGCGACGGUGAUGGCAAGAUCGGCGCUGACGAGUUCGCUGCCUUGGUUAAGGCAUAAAGACAGCAACAUGACCAACAACACAUGCUCUGAUGGAACAACAAUGCCCACAUCGACCUCCCUCCUUUUCAUCUGAAUAUGAAUAAUUUUUAUACAUUUGCUUAAGGGAUGUUUCCUCCUAUUUGCAACACACUGUCCAAAAGGUGAUGAUUGUGAAUGUCUCUCGGUUGUGUUCAUGUCUUAAAUAUGAAUUUUGCUAACUGUAAAAUCUAUUAUGCACUUUCCAGGAACUAAAGGUAAAAGAAGAAUAAAAUAUUCUUUUGCUACGGUCUUA